GAAGUGGUGGAUAAAAUAAAAACGUCUUCAACACCUGCCGAGCCGAUUUAGAUUCCGUUUUCACAUAUGCAACAAUCAUGUUUUCUUUUUUGGGGUCAAUGGUCUUGAAUUGAUCCGUUCGUAAAAAAAACCCGCUUAACCCGACCCGGAUCCACCUGCUUCUUUCAUGAUUUCAACCAACACAUGAUCCUAAAACCAUUUUCUCAUAUUUUUAGUUUUGUCAAAGUCUCUCAUCAUCUUCCUCCUCAACAUCAUCCCAUUAUAUCCCCCUCUUUGUCCUCUCGAUUCCUUCUACCUAAUCUCUUCUAGGGUUUGGGUUUCUGGACGACGAAGAGGGGUGUUUUUGUGUGAAUCCGAGAAAUUGAGAUUGCUUGCUUUAUAAACUCAGAAUCUAUGGCGGUUUCUAGCGCCUUUGCUGCUACCCCGAAGAAGCUGGAGAAUUUGUUAUCGAAUCAACUUAACCCAUCAUCAUCAUCUUCCUCUCCGGCGCCGUUUGGUGUAAUCGGGAUUCGUGAUCUUCCGAUGAACAAUAAUAAUAGGACAAAGCGAGGUCUGAUCCAGAGAGCCCGUUGCGAGAUUUCCAAUUCUAAAUCAACCAGCCUCUCUGCUCUUGAACUGCUCAAGUCUUCUGCUAUUGACCGAUACACAAAGGAAAGAAGUAGUAUUGUGGUGAUUGGGCUUAGUAUUCACACAGCUCCUGUUGAGAUGCGUGAGAAGCUUGCUAUUCCUGAAGCUGAAUGGCCACGAGCUAUCGCUGAGUUGUGCGGUUUGAAUCAUAUCGAAGAGGCUGCUGUUCUCAGUACCUGCAACCGAAUGGAGAUUUAUGUCUUGGCUCUCUCUCAGCAUCGUGGUGUCAAAGAAGUUACUGAGUGGAUGUCUAAGACGAGUGGAAUCCCAGUUUCGGAGAUCUGCCAGCACCGUUUUCUAUUGUACAACAAGGAUGUCACACAACAUAUAUUCGAAGUCUCAGCUGGUUUGGACUCUCUUGUACUAGGAGAAGGUCAGAUACUUGCUCAGGUUAAACAAGUUGUUAAAGUAGGUCAAGGAGUUAAUGGAUUUGGGAGGAACAUUAGUGGGCUAUUUAAACACGCAAUCACGGUUGGGAAGCGUGUCAGAACAGAGACAAAUAUCGCUGCUGGAGCUGUUUCCGUUAGCUCUGCUGCAGUCGAACUUGCUCUCAUGAAGCUUCCAGAAUCUUCACAUGCAUCAUCUGCUAAGAUGUUAGUAAUUGGUGCUGGAAAGAUGGGGAGGCUUGUGAUCAAGCACUUGGUUGCUAAAGGUUGCACCAAAAUGGUGGUUGUGAACCGAAGCGAAGAUAAAGUUGCAGCCAUCCGCGAGGAGUUGCCGUCUGGUGUUGAGAUUAUUUAUAAACCCCUUGAUGAGAUGCUAUCUUGUGCUGGAGAAGCCGAUGUAGUCUUUACUAGCACAGCAUCUGAGACACCAUUGUUCUUGAAGGAGCAAGUAGAGACUCUCCCGCCUGUUAGAGAUGCGAGGCUCUUUGUUGAUAUAUCUGUUCCUAGAAACGUCGGGUCUUGUGUCGCUGAAAUAGAUGGUGCACGGGUUUACAACGUGGAUGACCUCAAGGAAGUGGUUGCUGCGAAUAAAGAAGACAGGGUGAGGAAAGCAAUGGAAGCUCAGGCUAUAAUUACAGAGGAAUCAAAACACUUCGAAGCGUGGAGAGAUUCGCUUGAGACGGUUCCAACAAUCAAGAAAUUAAGGGGAUAUACAGAGAGAAUUAUAGCUGCAGAGGUUGAGAAAUUCUUGCCGAAAAUGAGCGUUGAGAUGAACAAGAAAACGAGGAAAGCAGUAGACGAUCUUAUCCGAGGUAUAGUGAACAAGCUCCUACACGGUCCAAUGCAACAUCUGAGAUGCGAUGGGAGUGAUAGCAGAACGCUGAGUGAGACGCUGGAGAACAUGCAGGCUCUGAACAGGAUGUAUGGACUUGAUGCAGAGAUACUCGAGGAGAAGAUUAGAGCCAAGGUGGAAAAAAAGUAGAGAGAGAGAGAGAGAGAGAGAGCUAGAGAGAGAGAGAGCCUUUGUUGUGUCCAUUUUUUAGGUUCAUAGAGGUCAAGAAUCGGCACCUUUGUAAUAUACAAACUUGAGUAGAAAGAGUAAAGAUAGCUUCCGGGGAAGCUAUCUUCUGGUUCAUGUCCUUGAUGGGAAGCAUACCAUUAUUGUUUUAUUAAUUGCGUUAUAUACAUAAUAUACACAAUUUAUUUCGUAAAA